GCUGAGGUGUGAUCCCUAGCUAGUACACACCAAUUAAAGCAUCCUUGGGUGGAGUGGAAAAAAAAAUCACCAAUUGUCUCUCGCAGGGAUGGCGCAAUCGAACACAGCUUCUGUUCCCGUGAGCACCUGGAAUGAGCAUAAUGCCACCCUCGGCACCCGUGGAGAACUGGCCACCCGCUAUCAGUACAGAUUUUGGGUAUAAAAGUGCCGCCCGCAGUCGGGAGGUGACAAGCGUCUAGCUAACCUUGUCUCGCUGCACACAUUCACCUCUGCAGUGAAUCUGAAGUGGAUGUCAUGGAUGGCUCUGCUGUCUGUUUUUUCUGAAUUUAUACCAUUCUGAAAAAAAAGGCGGGAUUGCUUUGUGAAACUAAUUGACAGUUCCACUUUUAUUGUUGUAUUAGUCAUACGCCAGUCAUUGCAAGCUAAUGGAUAUGAUGGAAUGUUUGCAUUAAUCCAAGGUUUACUUUUCAAGGGCUAUGCUGUAUUAGCUGUUGAUUGAAUUUGUGAAAUAGCAGUUGAACUGUUUACAAACAAUAAUCUCAAAUACCCUCUUUAUUCUUAACCUCGCACAUACAGCAGUAUGUACUCGAAGUGAGUGAUCCACUGAAAAUUAAGGCUUUUAAAACAAGUCUCUUCGCGUGCAGCAUACAGGCAGAGUUAUAGCUGCCUGGGGAUGGCCACCACUCGGGUGAGAAUCCUGACCAUGCUAUUGAUCGGUGGCUUCGGAGCUCUGGCUGAACGAUUCCUCAUGGGCCUGCAGGCCCCUCAGUCCCUCUCGAACCCAUUCAGUGCCCUGCGGCUCGGCGCAGGGUUGCAGAUUGCCCUCGACGCCCUCAACGCCAACCCCACCUUCCUGCCCAAUCACACGUUCGCGUUCACGUACGCCGACUGCGCGUGCGAUCCCAAGGUGUCCCUCGACUCCUUCAUAAAGCAGGUACGCGACCAGGGCAUCAUCGCGCUCCUGGGACCCGUCUGUGCCGAAGCGUCCGAGGUGACUGGCCUCUUGGCCGCUCAGUGGAACGUGCCCAUGCUGGGCUUCGUGGGCCAGACCCAGCGCAUGGAUCGCACCACCGUGUACGACACGUACGUCCGCAUCAUGUCACCGCUGCAGCGCAUGGGCCAGAUGCUGGAGGCCACCAUGCGCCACUUUGGGUGGACGCGCGCCGCGAUGCUGGGCGGCACGGCUCAGAACAGCACGUGGGCCAACAUCGACGAGCUGUGGGCGAGCGUGGAGCGGGAGUUGGCUCGCUCCGUCACCAUCACGGCGCGCAUCAAGUAUGACACGUCCAACCUGCGCCUUCACCGCCAGAACCUGCAGGAGGUCUCCAGGAAGGCGAGGAUCGUGAUCCUGAUGUGUGGCUCGGAUGAGGCACGGGAAAUACUUCUGGAGGCCCAGGCCCUUGGCCUCACCACCGGAAAGUUUGUCUUCCUCGUUGUGCAGCAAUUUGAGGUGAGUGAGCCGGUGGCAGCCACGUACUAUUCGUCCAUGAUAUGCUGUCACAUUUACCAUGACAACUAUAAACAUUUUUUUAUUUUACCAGGUAAGUCCCACGUUGAUGCCCAGGUGCCGUCCCUCGGGCAGGAUAGCUUCUGGAAGUCGGUGGUGGCUGAAGGCCUGGACUCCAUGGCUCUACGGGCGCUGGAGCCGGUGCUGCUGUUUGCCAUCAAAGCGUACGGAACCUACGACUACGACGUGUUCCUGCAGGAGGUGCGGCGCCGUCUGGCCGGGCCGCCCUUCCACAGCAAUCUCUCCAGCUACAAAGAGGUGAGCCCUUACGCUGCGUACCUGCACGAUGCGGGCAUCCUGUACGCCAUGGCCGUACGCGAGCUGCUGAGACAGGGCGGCAACCCCCGCGAUGGACGGGCGGUCAUCAGGACUAUCAGGGGCUCCAACAAGAUCAAGUUCUAUGGUGCAUCGGGGCAGGUGAGUAUUGAUGUGAAUGGAGAGCGCUUCCUGGAUUACGCCGUCUUUGACCUGCAGAAGAAGGGGAAUGCCAGCCAGUUCCUGCCCGUGAUGGUGUUCGACACCUUCCAGAAGGCCCUCAGCUUUACCCCGGAAUACCAGAAGAUGGGUUGGCCAGAUGGUCGGCCCCCUUCCGACAUGCCAGAGUGUGGCUUCACAGGGGAGCUGUGCCAGGAAGCACCAAUCAACCUGGCGCUGGUGCUUGUCGGCAGCAUCCUGUCUCUGAUCGUCAUCGGCACCGUGGCGUUCCUCACCUACCUGGUGGUGCAGAGCCGCAGCCUCCAGGAGAGCAUGGACACCACCUGGUGGAAGAUCAACUUCGAAGACAUCACUUUGGUCAGCACAAGCAAGCAAGACAUCGUGGAAUCGGAGUCUUUGCAGGUUCCCCUGGUCAACGGGAGCUACAGGUCUUCCAGCAAGCAGGUCUCUGGAAACCAGAGCAACGUUCACCAUGAUGUUCACGGCACGGACAGGGUGGAGAUUCCCAUCGGCAUCUACCAGGCGAGUAAACAUAUGUCACACCGCAAUAGGCCAAGCAUACGUGGACUCAUACGUCAACCCGUAAUGGCACUGCCAACAUGUCCUAAUUGUAGAAUGUGUGGUGUGCAGGGGAACCAGGUAGCCCUGAAGUUCCUUGAGAGAACUCACCCACCCGACCUCAAGAGCAAGUCCAUGCUGAAGGAGCUGCAGAUUAUGCGAGAAAUGCUGCAUGAGAACUUGGUGAUCUUCUUCGGUGUCUGCGUGGAGCUGCCCAACGUGUGCAUCGUGACGCAGUACUGUCGCAAAGGGAGCUUGAAGGAUGUGUUGAAGACUUCUGACUUUGAGCUGGACUGGAUGUUCAAGACGUCGUUUGCACACGAUAUCGUUAAUGGCAUGAUAUUCCUGCACAAGAGUCCCAUAAAAUCCCACGGGAACCUCAAGCCGUCCACCUGCCUGCUGGACAGCCGCCUGCAAAUCAAGCUCACCGGCUUCGGCAUCUGGGAGUUCCGCUACGGGAAGAAGGGGAAGACCCUGGACAUCAACAAGCAAGAAGAGCUGUACUGGACAGCGCCCGAGCUCCUCCGGAUGGAGGACUUGCCGGUGAACGGCACCCCCAAGGGGGACGUGUUCAGCUUCGCCAUACUCAUGCGCGAGGUGAUCUACCACGAGGACGAGGGGCCCUACGUCGGCAUUCACCUGGAGCCCAAAGACAUCAUCGACCAGGUGAGGGACGGCAUCGCCGUGCCACCGCUGCGGCCGCUGCUCACGGAGCGCUGCGAGCCGCGCAUCCAGGCUCUCAUCCGGCAGUGCUGGGACGAGUCUGCGGACCGCCGGCCCGACUUCUCGUCCGUGUCGCGCAUGCUGCGCCUGGCGAGCCCUGAAGGGAACAUUCUGGACAACAUGGUGUCCAAGCUGGAGAAGUACGCCAACCACCUGGAGGAAGUCGUGGAUGACCGCACGGCGCAGCUGGAGAGUGAGAAGAAGAAGACGGACCGCCUGCUGUCCAGCCUGCUGCCUGGGAUUGUCGUUGAUCAGCUGAAGGCUGGCAAGACCGUGCAACCCGAGCAGUAUGAGCUCGUCACCAUCUUCUUCUGCGACAUCGUGGGCUUCACGGCCAUGAGCGCCAUCAGCACCCCACUGGAGGUCAUCAACUUGCUCAACGACCUCUACAACCUCCUCGAUGACAUCAUCAAGGAAUACGAUGUCUACAAGGUGGAGACCAUCGGGGACGCGUACAUGGUGGCGAGCGGCCUCCCCGUGCGCAACGGCGUGCGGCACGUGGAGGAGAUCGCCACGAUGUCCCUGCACUUCCUGAGCUCCAUCAUGAACUUUCGCAUCCGCCACCUGCCACAAGAGCAGCUGAAGCUCCGCAUUGGCAUCAACAGCGGACCGGUGGUGGCAGGAGUGGUGGGGAACACCAUGCCCAGGUACUGCCUCUUCGGAGACACCGUCAACGUGGCCUCACGCAUGGAGAGCACCGGCUUCCCGCUGCACAUUCAUGUCUCAGAAGCCACCACAAAUCUGCUGAAGCAGAUCGGGGGCUAUUUUCUGGUGGAGAGAGGAACAAUUAAUUUAAAGGGGAAAGGCAAUCAGUUGACGUACUGGCUGAAGGGAAAGGCUGGUUUCCAGAUGCCUCUUCCUGAAUUCUUCCACACGGGAGAAAUUCUGAAGAACAAGGGCACUGUUGAAAGCAAUCAGAUCACGGAGAACUGGACGGAGGAGUUCGCUAAGGACGUGGCCGCUUUCCGGGCCAAGCAGAGCAUGGGCGCUACGGCGAACCGCAUCCCCCCGCACGGCGCCGCCGGGGACAAGCACGGCCCGAAGGGGCAGCGUCCAUCCCCCGUGACCCAGGCCAGCAGCGUGUGGGCAACGACACAGUAGGGCGUUUUCACGGGGGGACCAAAACUAAAAAGGAGCCGUGCGUUGACACGCGUUCGACUGAGAUGCGAGUUGCGGUGCACGUGGCCAGGUCUCGGGACGGUUUGAGUUGCGCUGCAUAACUAAACAAAAAAAUGUUAGCCACGCAAUUGUUGUGUAUCUGUAAAGUAAUUUAUUGGCCACUGUUUAGGCUCUUUUUAAGCACGAUGUUUUCAGGUGCAGCCAUUGUGAUUUGGUUAAGAGCUGCCUUUAUAGAUUAUAACCCUAGACUGAGCUACGGUCAACUUGACAAGCGUGAAAGUAAAAACACCUGGUGCUUAGCCCUGGCAUCAUAGAAGGCAGCGUUAAGCCUGCAGGCUUAAGUGAUUGCAUUGCUCGGCAGUAAGUAGUAAUGUCUAGAAGUUUCAGACGUGUUUUUUUUUCUGUGUUGGAUUCUGGUAUUUAACCCCCAUGUGCAGUACCCCGAAAAUGAAUGAAGAUUUAAAAAAAAACGUUUGGGUUGAGAGUUGGUAGUUUAUAAAAUAGAAUAAAUAAUACAAAUGUGAUGGGUUUUUUUUCAAGAACAUCUCAUUGAGCCUCCAAAAUAUUAUUGGAAGGAGCUUUUUGUGUAUAGGAGAACCCCCCCCCCCCCACGUAUUUCAGCAGAUAUCAAGGGCUGGGUAGCCCACCGUGGAUAUAGAGUGAUAACAUCGUCUCUUUUGCAUCGCAGAACUGUGAGUGAAAUUGACGGCCAGGGAAGACCAUCGUUCAAUAGUGUAUUAAUUCUGGCUGAUGAUGAUGAUAAUGAGCAAACGUUUGGACAAACAGGUUCAUAAACCUGUUUUCUGUACUGCCAUCUCCUGGACAGCUCACAGCCCAGUAUGUUUGGAAGUUUAACAACGUCUGUAUGAUCUUCCUACCAAAGCCUCCAAGGUACUGGAUGACAAGGCGUACUCCAACAAUUUCCAGUAAAACAUUAUAUUAAUUAGUGAAGUACUAUGUCAGGCUAUAGUACUAGUCACAGCCUGCACUAGAGCUGUGGCCUUUGACUUUGUGUCAGAAAUGUCACAUUCUCAGCACGAUUGUGGAAAUUACGUUGAGGUACUAAGAUUAUAUUUAUUCGUAAAGUGCCUGGAUGGUUAUAGAGCGUGCACAAAUUAUAUAUAAAACACUGGGCUCGAGUUCCCUCUUUGAAAUAUAGGCAAAACAAACCCACAGUGCAAGUGGAUGAUGUUUUCAAGAAAGGGCGCCAUAGGGCAUCAGUGUGUGUGUGUAUGUUGAACUUCUUUCGCACCGCACGUAGCCAACCGUGCUAAUCGGAGGUGCGGGGGAAGGACAACAAGAAAAAAUGUGACUGCCCCUUAAACGGGAAUGCUUCACCCACUUUGAAUUUAGCUGUUGACGCUCGGCUUUUUUUAGAUGUAUGUUGAAUUUCGUUUGCACCGUACGUAGCCACCCCCGCUGGCGGUUUACAAUUGUAGCAAUUGUAUCCGGUUUGCCACUUACCACAUACAUAGCAAACGUAAUAAAUUAAUCAUCCUGGGAAAAGGGACAUUUUAAAAAUGUGACACGGAACUUCGCCCGUGUAUUUUCAGGACGUGUAGUCCGUUUGAGCUUGCUAUGAACAAAAAUGCGCGAGGUCUUGUUUCCUGCUGUGCUCUCCGCUGUCGCUGUGAAUAUAACAGACAGGAGAGGAAACAAUGCGUGAUUAAAGUUCAUACGCAACGAAGCAAUUGUAAAAAUAAAGUUGCAGCAAUCGUAGGCAUAUAAGAAAAAAAACAUAAAAUUGCACAAAUAAUAUUUAGCUCACGUGUGUGCUCAAUGAAAGACCCAACGCAGCUGUUUUGAAAGACCCAACACACACACCAUGGCACAUCCGGAUACCUGAUGCACAAAUGGAAAAUUCAAACUCUCGAGUGGACGACUUGUGGUCAUCCAGAACAGACCGUACAACAUAUAAUGACGCGAUGCCCGAUCCACGAAUAUGAAGGAUACAUCACGGCGAUGCACUCUGCUGCUCCUGAUGCGAUUAUCUGGCUUGAUCACCGGAUGUGAAAUUGUAUUUGUUGCUCUGAGUCUACUUCAGCCGUACGAAUUAAGGAAGAAGCACACAUGUACGAUCAUUGAGGAAUGAUCAGUGGCAAUUUUUUGUUGUUGUUCCUAUGACGUUUCAAAUAUAUUUGAAUAAAUUUACAAAAUCUUUCAUAUUUUAAAUAGUGAAACGAUAAUCUCCUGGAUAUAAAUAUCAACAGCUAUGAAUUCAUUUUAACAGUUCAAUAGAAAUGUAGCCUUCAUGAAAUAAAUAAUAAACAUUGUUCUUGCUUUGGCUUCAGUAUGAAACGUUCUCUCCAAGAUGUUCUUCGAACUGAGAUCCAGUGUUGACACAACAACUUUAAAUACAGCCAAGAGUGAGCCUGUCUGUCUCUUUUGAGUAAGCCGGUGAAAUGCACAUAAUCUCACUCUCAACCACAUUCAAUUCUAAGCUUGCCAUGUGUGUAUAUUGAGCUGGCUUAAUUGGCCAUUAAAUCAAUCCACCUGCACAAUGUUAUCUCAGAAGAGUUACAGAGUGCUUGUAUGAUCAGCUGUCUUUUUUUUACAUUUGAGAAUGAACAAUUUGGCUUUAACAUCGGAGAGGAGAGCCUUGGGAUUUUUUAUAGCCACAAGAAAAUAGACAGUACAGCAGGAUGAAUGUCCCUUGCAGUGGAUAAAACACGUAUAGUUACGCUCACAAGAUGGCAACAGAAAGACGUAGUCGAUAGUUAUUGACCAUUGGAAAUAGAGUUAUGGCUUGCAAGUUCUUGGCCUGCUAGCUGCCCCUUGAUAUUACACCGCAAUCAGCAUCUAUGUCAGGUUUCCAACACGUGAUAAGAAAAUAAAAGAGAACAAUUAGUGAUUCAGUUGUUCUCUUUUAUUUUAUUUUACCUACGUGACUUUACCGAAAAAAACAAAAAGUAUGAACCCUUGCAGUCACGAAAGCUUCAAAUCUAGAACGUGAUAAGAAGCCAUAUUAAUUGCAUGCGUUACUUGCUAAGGUUGACUACAACGAAAUCGCAAGGUCUGUGAUGAUGAAAGUCUAGUUUUUGGAAACAUGAAGUAUCAGACAAAGAGUGAAAGCAUUGCCAACAUCCUGAUAUGCCAUUAUACCAAUGCGACUGGAUGUGUCAAUGUAUCUAGCUGGUCAGCUCGUGGCAAUGCUUUAUUGCACGUAUAACACAGGACAUUUGGCUGAGUAAUCACACGACAUAUAGAUGAAUGUAAGCAGAUGUAAUUCCCUACAAAAGGGUGCUAUAGUAUUCUGGAUUUUCUUUUUUAUAGACUCUUGAAUGCGAGUUAUUUAAUCAUUCUAUGUCAGUUACAUAUUCAUGUUACAUGUGUAUUACCCUUGCAAGGCAUGUCAUUUAUAAUAUAUAAUUAACAUAACUUCGUGACCGCUAAUUAUAGCCUUGGGGGUUUUUUUUGGCCAACAUUUCAAUGAAAAGCCAUCGCAAAGAAUCGCUCUCAGUAGGGACACUGACCGAGAUGCACAGGACGCGGUGUUUUUUGUAGCUGCAGGCUACAUACACACAUAUAAAGCAAUACUUUUAAAGUGUUAUGCUGAGUGGGGAAAAAAAAACAAUGUGUUCCAUUAAUGCCCUCAACAACUAAUAUCCAAAAUAUCCACACACGAAAAAAUGUGUUCUCCUUGUUCUGGAAACUCACCCAAUUAUUUGAUGUUUGAUGCCAUAUCUCAUUGACGUUGUGUUCAUGUCAUUACUGUACUUGCAAACUUAGUUGCAUUCACGCUAACAUUGACAAACUCCACCCACACAAUUACAUUGAUGCGAUUGCAAACCAAAGGGAAUAUAAAUGAUCAGAAAAGUUAGGUGUUUUGCUCUUUAAAUGUACACAUUUUUGAUUUGCCAAGUUGCUCCAUUAAUUGAAAGUCUAUUGAAACCAAUUCAGAUAGGCGUGAUUGGCGGAGAGAGGUGUUAUAGAGAAUCAAGUAAAAUGCAGCACUCGUUAAUACCUCUGAAGCAACAGCCGUGAAAUGCAUUGAGCAACAGAAAAUCGCUUAUACUUAGCAUUGUUACUGUCACCGGCAUAAACACCGACCGCUUUGGUGUUUAAAAAGCAACAUGUUGAAAUAUUACAUAUUGCAAACUGAGGGAAUUUGAUUUCUUUAUUAUAGAUCUUUUAUACUUUCUUUUUUAAUAAAUGAAGGUCAACACUGUCAAGAGAUGCAGGUAUAUCAUUGUACCAAGAUCUUUUGAACAAACGAGUUUAAUAGUCAAGGUUGUUGGUGAUUGUGUGCAUUUACCCGAUGUGUCCAUCUCACCCUGUCAUUGCACAUGUGGCAUUCCAUGUUCCAGAUGUUGAAAUGUAUUAGUAAAUUAAAAACUAGGCAUUGGCUUUAGAUGGUUAAGUUACAAAAAUAGCAUUGGCUCAUUAAAGGCUGGAGUUGCGUGUACACUAAUUGUAUGGCGUAUAACAGGACAUCCUUCCAAAAUUUGCUAGCGCAGGUAAUUAUAAAAUGCAGGUACAGCUACAAUUAGGUCGGCCUUUCAUGCUGACACAACAUCAGGGUCAAGAGUCGUGAAAACGUGUGAGAAUUUAAUAAACAAGACGAUACUUAA